GGGAAAGAGCGACAUAGUACGUCUCUUGGGAGCGCCGCCUACUUGUUGAAUAGUUUAUAACUCGUCGGUGCCGCCCCGUUUCCUCAUAAACUGAAGUAAAGUCCGGCAGGUGAGGAGAGCGCACCGCCGACAGAGAUGUCUCUAGCUCAGCAGUCCCAGACUUGGUUCCCCACUCACGUCCAGGUUACCGUGUUACAGGCCAAAGGCUUGAAGCCGAAGGGCAAAGCGGGCACCAACGAUGCGUAUUCCAUCAUCCAGCUGGGCAAAGAGAAAUACUCCACCACCGUGUCGGAGAAGAGCCAGGCUCCCGUGUGGAAGGAGGAGGCCACAUUCGAGGUGCCGCUGUUACACAAUGACAACCAGGAGCGCUGCACCGUGCGCGUUAUCGUCAUGCACCGAGCGCUGGUGGGAAUGGACAAGUUCCUCGGGCAGCUGGAGCUCAACCUGUGGGAGUUGCACCAGAGCAGGAACAGGAGGAAAGUCCAAUGGUACCCACUGAGGUCAAAGCCUGGAAAAAAAGAAAAGGAACGUGGUCAGAUAGAGGUGGAGGUCCAGUUUAUGAGAAACAAUAUGACCGCUAGCAUGUUUGACCUCUCAAUGAAGGAGAAAUCCCGCUCAACUCUAGGAAAAUUGAAAGACAAGAUUAAGGGAAAAAGACAUGAUGGAUUCCCAGACACUGCUUCAGCCAUCAUUCCCAGUGGGAAUCAGUACGACAGUGAUGAGGAAAUACCAGCAGCAGAAAAGAAGAAAUCUAAACUGAAGAACCUGUUUUCAAAGCCAGGACUGAAGAAGAACUCUGUUUCACAGUCCAUGUCUGUCUUGCCAACGUUUCCACCAUCUUCCUCUCCAAAAACAGUACUAAGGCCUGCUGAAUUUUCAUCAGACUUCACUCCACCUACAGGGUCUCCAGCAUCUGAAAGGCGAUUUUCUCAUCUUCCCGUGAUCAUGACACACAAAAGAGCAGUUAGUGCUGAUACCAGCCAGCUAAACCAAGCCGUCUCUGGUAAUAGAAAGGAAGGACUGUCCUUGUUUAGUGGUAUGAAGCCAAAGAACGACCCAAUGACCAGAUCUAAUCUAUGCAUCAAUGGUAAUCACAUAUACAUGGAAGAUUCUGAACCAAGAAGUGAGAGUCCCAAAGACGGCUCCCAAACAAACUCCCCGCAGAUCGUCCGCAAGAAUCCACUCUAUGCAUCUGCUGAAAACUUGUCUUCCAAAGCACCAAAAAUCGGCCUCCCUUCAGAGAAAGAACAAGCAUCUGCUGCCUCAAAGGAUUCUCUCAAAUCCUCAACAGUGUCUGCCUCUCAAAAUUUCAAAUCAGAAGAACCUAAAUCAAAGACCCUUCCAUUGCCUUCAGAUAUGCCAAAAGAGGUAUAUGAGAACAAAAAGCAAGAGAAUAAGAAGUCAUCGCUUCUUUCCUUGGUGACAGGCAAAAAGGAUACUCCCAAAGUCCCUGUGAAUGAGCCUUCUGGUGUGUCCUUGAAAGGGGAUAUGUCAAAUGCCACAGUAGAACAGUCCUCCAAUAAUCUCAGCAAGAAACCCUCAAUAAAUCCUUUUGAAGAUGACAUGGAAGAAGAGAAGAAGCCAGAACCACUUCCCACAUCAGCUAAGACCUCCGCUGUAAAACCCAGACUGGGCGUGUCUUCAGAGGCUGAAACCAAAGCCAAACUUUCUUCUUCAUCUCCCUCUAACUCUUUCUUUGCUGUAUCUUUUUCUGGUGGCCAGGAUGGUGCUCCAACUUCUUUGCCUGAUUCUCCUACUGCUUCCAAUGCUUCAGGUUCUUCCCCAUCUUCUCCUUCAGAACGCUACCUAAGAUUACAAAGUGGCAACAAAAGUGACACACCAGUAGAGUCUUAUACGGACUAUGAAAAACCUUCUGUGCCUUUGUUCUGGAGGUCAGGUGUGUCACCAAGCAAAGAGCCAGAGUCUAGAGAUGUUCGGGUUGUUGAACCAUUUAAUGAAAAAAACAAAGAGAGAAAGACUUAUGUUAAGUCCCUUCUUGACCAGCCAACAUGCAAGUCACCAACUAAUAGUGUGACUGAUGCCGAUGCAAUUGAUAUAGAUUUGGGUAAAGGAGUUUUUCAUUUACAUCAAGAUAACUCCCUCUUUGACAUUCCACAUAUAGAUACUAGUAGUCUUGAAAGUGAAAAAGGUGAUGUGCAGUUGAACAAAACCUUGAAAGAAACUCCAAAACCAGCACCUCGAACACAGUCUGCUCCUAAAAAACAAGAACUAAAUGAAGAAGCUAAACCAACACCACCAAGACCAGCCCCUAGAAGUGCUGCUAGAUUAAGUAAAGCUGCUGAUGUGCCUGCAAAUUCUUCCCAACUGGAAAAGGCACUGGCUACAUUUUCCAACCAGGAGCUAGAACAGGCUUCAAAUGUUGGUUCUUCAAUGAAAAGUAGCCAGGGAAUUACUGAGGUCAAGAUGGCAACUCCUAAGGCAAAUGACUUUAGUUUAAGGCUAGAUGAACUUCCAGUAAUUCCAGAGAAUCCAGAGGGAACCUCAGAUGAUGAGCAGCUUGAAACCAAAGAUGAGCUUUUUUACAGUCAUUCUUCCAACAGAUCAGCAAAUGCUUCAGCUAACAGAGAAACAGAUUUACAUCUCAGUAUGCAGAAAAACAGUGUUUCAAAAACAAAUCCUAAUGAGGUCAACUAUGCUUUGGAGCAUAGAAAUGAGAAAAAUCUUAUGCCUGAAUGGGAGGAUAAGACCAAUGCACCAGAUAUAAAUUCAGGCACAGUUGAAAUUAGCACUGUUGGCUUGAAAAGCCAGAGCAGUGAUAUAGCAAACCAACACACACCUAUUAAUUCUUCUCUUGGCUAUUCUUCUCCCACACCUGCUUCCCUUCCAACUGACAAACUUACCACUCCUAAUGCUGAUUCCCUGAAAAAAACAGCCAUUGAGGGUACUGAUAAAGUCGAUAACUCUGGCAAAAAGAAGCUUCUGCGGGCAUGGGUUUCACCCUCUGAGACACAUCCAAUCCCUACAGUGCAGAGUGGUGGAACAGUGUCUUCCAGAAUAAGGACAAAUCCAGUGAAGCCCAUGAGCGCAACACAAAACAAAACUGUUUCAGGAUUCUCUCAGCCAAUCAAGAGCCAUGAUGUUGCUAUAAAGAAAUACGACCCUUCGGAGCCUGUGGCGGCAUAUUCCCAGCUCACGCACGAUGAGUUAAUUCAGCUGGUUCUGAAGCAGAAAGACAUCAUCUCGAAGAAGGACGUCCAAGUGCGGGAACUGGAGGAUUAUAUUGACAGCCUGCUGGUGCGAAUUAUGGAGGAGACACCCAGCAUCCUACGGGCUGUAAGCAAGAAGGCGGCCAAAUGGUGAAUAUGUGCAAAUGGACACAACUUCUCAUAAUGUAGGUCAGUGAGCAUUGUCCUGUGACAAACCUUGCUCAGUCGAGUUUUUGGAUUUGGGCAGUGAGGAUGACGGAUGCCUUAUUCCAAUGAAAAUGUCUAUUAUUCUGACCAAUUUAUGCUACAAGGCUUGGGCUUUUAAAAUCUGCACUCCAACUCUCACAAGAUACUGAGGCGGUGGAUCUGUAUUAUAUGUUGGAUAUUGGAGAAGCCAAGGGUGAAGGAUCUUUUUACUGAAUUCAUAUAAUAGAGCCUGAUUGUGUUGAAUUGAUGUGAUGCAGUGAAGGCUCUGGAGCCCGUAAAUAAUGUUUGGGACUAAAAAAAUGCCCAGAUGUGCUGCCUGUCGUCCAUGGGCCUCCAGUUACACAGCCCAGGCUAAACAAACUA